AUGUACAUCUCUAAUAUUGUGCACAGGAGCUGCACACCAGUUAGGUGUUUCACCAAAUGGGAUCUCUCUCCACAGCCCCAGUUCAGUCAAAAGGACAUUCACACAGCCCAGAGGAACGAUCCCCUCUCCAAAUGGGAUCUCUCUCCACUGCCCCAGUUCAGUCAAAAGGACAUUCACACAGCCCAGAGGAACGAUCCCCUCUCCAAAUGGGAUCUCUCUCCACUGCCCCAGUUCAGUCAAAAGGACAUUCACAAAGCCCAGAGGAACGAUCCCCUCUCCAAAUGGGAUCUCUCUCCACUGCCCCAGUUCAGUCAAAAGGACAUUCACACAGCCCAGAGGAACGAUCCCCUCUCCAAAUGGGAUCUCUCUCCACUGCCCCAGUUCAGUCAAAAGGACAUUCACACAGCCCAGAGGAACGAUCCCCUCUCCAAAUGGGAUCUCUCUCCACUGCCCCAGUUCAGUCAAAAGGACAUUCACACAGCCCAGAGGAACGAUCCCCUCUCCAAAUGGGAUCUCUCUCCACUGCCCCAGUUCAGUCAAAAGGACAUUCACACAGCCCAGAGGAACAAUCCCCUCUCCAAAUGGGAUCUCUCUCCACUGCCCCAGUUCAGUCAAAAGGACAUUCACACAGCCCAGAGGAACGAUCCCCUCUCCAAAUGGGAUCUCUCUACACUGCCCCAGUUCAGUCAAAAGGACAUUCACACAGCCCAGAGGAACGAUCCCCUCUCCAAAUGGGAUCUCUCUCCACUGCCCCAGUUCAGUCAAAAGGACAUUCACACAGCCCAGAGGAACGAUCCCCUCUCCAAAGUUAUUGCUGCGGUGGCGGCUGGAAGAAAGCCUGUUCCAGUCAAAGGUGCUCCCUUGGAAGAAGUAAUAUUGUGGAAGGCGUGGGACUCACUGACUUUGAAGGAUGGCAUGUUGUAUCGCGUCCCGAAGACCAAUAUGCCUUUUGAUCGUCAACAGCUUGUGUUACCUCUAGUGAAUAUAAACAGCUGGCUAUGGAGGUCCCUACAUAACAACACUUGGGGAGUGAGCAAAUUCAAGAUCUUGCCCCUGCCUGAUUCUAUUGGCCACAGAUGGCCGCUAACAUUGAGUGCCACUUUAAAUCCUGUGUACAGCUGAAAACAAUGCCUAAAUGGUCCAUUGACCAAUAGCAGGGCUGAAGCACCACUGGAGCUAGUCUGUAUUGAUUUGGUGAGCUUGGAAAAUGACUCCCGGAACAUCAGCAACAUUUUAUUAGUUAUAGACCACCUUACUCGUUACCCGGCUUACACGGCGAAGGAUCAAUAAGCAACUACUGUAGCAAAAAUCUUAUGGAAAUGAUUCUUUGUCCAUUAUGGCUUGCCUCAGAGGAUCCAGCAGGACCAAGGAAGAGAUUUUGAGCGCAGACUGCUGAAGGAAUUGCUGAUUAUCGCUGGUAUCAGGAAGUCUCAGACAAGUCUUUACGCCUACCUGUGAAUCGGCCCUUCAGCAAUUCAACUGUACUGCGCUGCAAUACCUGUUCCGGUCUGGAUCGGAUCCCUUGCUGAUUGAAGUUGACAGCCUCAACUCCAGAGCGGGGACUGGCUUGUGAGUAGCUGCUGUGAGCAGGCCCCCAACACUUGCUGAUAUAGUAGUGACAGAAAGCAAAAUACAUAGUACACCAGAACACAAACUCUGCAUUAUCUGGUGACGUCGGGACUUUAUAGAGUUUACACAGCUCAUAUUAUUUUUUCACUUUCAUUGCUUUUCGGAGAGAUGUUUUUUCUUUGAGUUAAAUAAUGUGUUUAAAUCAGAGUGUAUAUGAAGAAAGCAGCACAAACCUGAAUUUAAUCCAUGUUUUGGAUGUGAUAUUACCGAGUUACUGGAGCAACCCAACCACGUUUCUUUUGCCGAAUGCAAGUGUGUUUUCAACAUCGCCAUUGACGCCAUUGUUGGGAGGAGAGUAAAAGCCCUUGAAGAUGGAUAACAGAAGACGUGUUUCUUACGCUGGGUUAAAGGCAGCAGGAAGAACUUCUGUCUGCUUUUCUUUUUUUUUCUUUUUUUGCUCUCAAUACCAGCAACAGCUACUUAACCAAUUAUAUUUAGACCAUUUUUACACAAGCAACGACUUGUGCAGUGCUUUAUGAAACGCACGCAACAACGUCCUCACAACCACGUCACAACCACAUCACAACCACAUCGCAACCUUAUCACAAUCACAUCACAAUCUCAUCGCAACCACAUCACAACCACAUCACAGCCACAUCACAACUACAUCACAACCACAUCACAACCACAUCGCAACCUCAUCGCAACCUUAUCACAACCACAUCACAAUCUCAUCGCAACCUCAUCACAACCACAUCACAACCACAUCACAAUCUCAUCACACAUCACAACCACAUCGCAACCACAUCGGAACCACAUCGCAACCUCAUCACAACCACAUCACAACCACAUCACAACCACAUCACAACCACAUCACAACCUCAUCACAACCACGUCACAACCACAUCACAACCACAUCGCAACCUUAUCACAAUCACAUCACAAUCUCAUCGCAAUCUCAUCGCAACCACAUCACAACCACAUCACAGCCACAUCACAACCACAUCACAACCACAUCGCAACCUCAUCGCAACCUUAUCACAACCACAUCACAAUCUCAUCGCAACCUCAUCACAACCACAUCACAACCACAUCGCAACCACAUCACAACCACAUCACAAUCUCAUCACACAUCACAACCACAUCGCAACCACAUCGGAACCACAUCGCAACCUCAUCACAACCACAUCACAACCACAUCACAACCACAUCACAACCACAUCACAACCUCAUCACAACCACAUCACAACCACAUCACAACCACAUCACAACCUCAUCACAACCACAUCACAACCUCAUCACAACCACAUCGCAACCUCAUCACAACCACAUCGCAACCUCAUCACAACCACAUCGCAACCACAUUGCAACCUCAUCACAACCACAUCGCAACCUCAUCACAACCACAUCACAACCACAUCACAAUCUCAUCACAACCUCAUCACAACCACAUCACAACCUCAUCACAACCACAUCGCAACCUCAUCACAACCACAUCGCAACCACAUUGCAACCUCAUCACAAC